AUGGCGGCACCAGUUGCUCCAGCUGAUCAGGGGGCUCCUCCUCUGCCCCAUCGUCGCCCAAGAGUCAGAGAGGUCAGCUCCAGAUUCAUGUCUCCAGCAGCAGCUUCUUCAUCAGCAGGAGAUCUGCAUUCCUUAUCCAUGAAGUCGCCCAUUUCCAGAUCUAAAUACGCCAUCUCGACUCCCGCACCUGAAAGAUCAUCAAAGCCGUCGCAGAGACGUCUGUUGCUGCGCAGCCAAGAACAGGAACCAUUUUCCUGCUGUUCCCAUGAGAAUAUCCCCGAGAUGGUUCGGAGCUUGGACACCCCGUUCCAGCACGCAAAACCUGAAACUUUGAGGAAACAACGUCCUGUGAAGUUCUGUAAAGAGAAUGGAUAUGGAGAUCAGAUCGCAAAAUCAACAUCUAUAAGAACAGCCAAGUCGUGCAGACCUGAUACGCCAACUGCUGCUACUUGUGGUGCAUCCGAUAGAGUCGUUCCAUCAAGGUUCAGGCUCCCACAGCGUCAAACAAGUUCGUCGGUAACUGAUGCUGCAAAACUCUUGCAAUCGACGGGUUUGUCCUUCUCCUCAUCCAAUCUUGUUUCUCAAACCCCCUCCGCAAAUGAAUUGGAACCGAUUCAGGGCGGUUCAUGCCCUAAUUCACCUCUCUCCUCCCAACACACCAGAAAUCGGGCCCUUCACGAUACGAGGUCUUCCAUGACAGAAGAAGAUACAUUAUCCACCAGAUUACUCGUUCGAAGUAGCAGCGGCAGCAAUACUAUUGCCAGUGGCAAUUGUCAAACAUCAUCCAAAUUCUCAACACCUUCACUUUGCUCCCGAUCUCUUAAUUUACCCAUAUCCGCUAGUCAGAAUUCUUUCAAAAGCAGUGACAGAACUCUCUGCAAGCCCCCGACCACAAGUAUGGAAAACCGUACCCUGCCUCCACAACCAACUAGUAUGAAACUCGGAGUUGAUUCAAGGAAAGGAAAGAGACCUCAUUCUUCCCAAGAAGACGCCCAUUCUUUGAAACUGUUUCAUAACCAUUACCUACUGUGGAGAUAUGCCAAUGCUAAAGCACAAGUCUCUAUGGAUGCCCAGAGAGCCGAAAUGGAGAAUCAAUUUUUCUCCCUUGGAGCUGAUAUAUCUCGUCUACGUGAUUCUGUGAAGAGGAAACAAGUCGAACUUGCGGCACUACAACAAAUGAAAGCACUUUCCACCAUUCUUGAGGCUCAGAUGCCAUAUCUUGAUGAAUGGUCUGCUUUGGAAGAAGAUUACACAUGUUCCUUGUCAGCAGCGACAAAUGCUUUGACCAACUCCUUGCUCCGGCUUCCUGUAAGUGGGAAUGUUCAGGUUAACAUUAAAGAAGCAGCAGAGGCUUUGGAUUCGUCGGUAAAAACUAUGGACACAAUAAUUCACGACGUGCAAAGAUUUUUGCCUAAGGCAGAAGAAAUGGAUGUUUUGAUGUCGGAGUUAGCAACCAUUGCUGAUGUAGAAAAAGCAUUAGUUGAGGAAUGUGGUAGUAUUUUGGCAAAGACACACAUCUCACAGUUGGAAGACUGCAGUUUACGGGGACAUCUAAUGCAGUUACGUUGUAGCAACCUCUUCUAAGACGCUUUGUUGCAUGUCCACGAAUCAAGGUGCUGUCAUUUUUUCGAUUCAUUCAAGAAAAAAUCUCUUUUUUCAAAUAAGAGAUUUGUAUGUAUUCAAUAUCGUAUA